AUGUCAGACAAGCCCGCGAGUGUGGCCGCGCCGCGAGCGGGCGUGGCGGGCGUGGCGGGAGCGCCGCGCGUGCUACUGUACGUGGCGGAGCGCCAGCUAGAGCCCGCCGCCGCGGGCCAAGACCAGCCGCCCGCCACCGCACCGUUUGACGCGCUCUACCUUCAUGACAACAUACCGCACCCAGUCCCCCUGCCAAGGAACCCACUCUUCAGACCCCAAACUGAUCAGAACGAUCACAGGAAUGCUUCUAGUGCUUUAUACUACAAACAUUAUAAUGACAAUGAUGGUAAAUUAAGUGCAUUUGAAACAACAGAGCAUAUUAUUACACAGAGAACUGAGUUUUUCCCUGUUUCACAGCAAUAUUUAAAAGAGCCCACUCUCAAAGUUGAAGAUAGUAAGAUUAUUGAGAGGCCAAAUAAUAUAACAGUGAAAAGGGAUCACCCCAAUCCAACCACUUCCGAGUUCAGCAGUGCAGAGACAUUCCAGAGUCGGGUUCCUAUAGAUGUUGGAGAGGUAUCAACAUAUCAGAGAUGUCCUGUGAGUACAGAUAAUAAUAUGCCCUCCAUGCACCAAGUUGCACUUCGUCAUACUCAAUUUAAUGAAAGUGGUGCAGUAUUAGUUGACAGUGAAGGUACAAGCUGCAGUGAAAGGGAGAUCUCUAUGAGCAAAGGUUAUAUGAACUACCAGUUUUUAGAACAAAGUGCAUCACAUAAAUCUAUUGUGAAUCAAAGUAUAAAUAUACUGAAUCAGCAAGUUGGAGUGAGUAGGACAAUUGUAAGUGAAGGGGAUAAUAGCAAUGCACCACAGCUAGUGCGUACAGCAGAAGGUGUGGUUCUAGCAGUGAUACCGUCUUCGGCCGUCUCUCAUUCCACUGAGACAACGGAGCAUAGAACUGCACAGAGUGACUUUCCACAAACUAUAACUGUGCCAUUAGGGUGGAGAAGGAUUGUGAGCGGUGCCUCGGUCUUGUAUAUUAGCCCCAGCGGCACCGCGCUGAGUACCCUACCUCAACUGCGGGAGUACUUGCAGACGACUGGGACGUGCAAGUGCGGUCUUCCUUGCCCCCUGAGACCGGAGACCGCGUUCAGUUUUGAUCCCAAGGUGGGGAGCAAGCAGUACCAGCCGGCCUCGGGUCCGGAGCUGACCAAGUUGUGCAACCACAAGCGGAAACUGCUGGCGACGCUGCAGGCCCGCUCCCAGUCUCCCGCAACACCGCCACCACACAACCAAGAGCAGAAGAAAGUUGCAGGUACAGAAGUAUCGGCUAAAAAGAAAAUGAAGAAAAGGUCAGGCUACAUGUCGAAUAUAAACGUAUCACCGCUAAUGGUGCAUAAGGAUAAGCCCCACGGUGACUUUAAGACUCAAGAGAUCGAGCCGAAGCGCACGAUAUCUCCGGGAAAUAUGGUACAGCGUGCCAAUAUGCAGCCCUGCCCACCAACGUAUCCGAUGCACCAAAACACGUUGAAUAUUGUCUCCCACGAGAGCGACAUUAAGCAUGAAACGCUUAUCCAGAGGAGCUCGCACUAUCUCACCGUGAACAACGGCUGGAUCACACAACAGGGGGAUAAUAUUGAAAGCCAGAAACAGUCUCAUUCCGCGCACGGUUCUGCAAAUACCUCCAUUAACGUCGGCAUGCCGGUGUUAGGAACAAACGGACAAAUAAUAGGAGUGAACACUGGUUAUAAUAAACAAACGAAUAAUCUAAAGAAUGUCAUCGGAAUCCCAUCUCAAAAUUGUAUAGAGCACGAGCAUAAAGAUGACAAGAAAGAUUUGCAUUUGAAUCAUUUGCACCCAAUCAGAACGCAUAACAAAGAAGAUGACUCUCAAAUGUAUUGCGGUCUUAAUCAAGCAUUGACACCCGAAGUAAUGCAGAAGAUAAACGAGCAACAACAAAUAUUCAUUCAACAGAACCAGAAGCAAAUAGAAAUGGCAAUGAAAGGUUUAAAAUCACAAAUAUCCGACAAUGUUAAUCACAACAAACAGCAGACGCAAUUUGUUCCGCAGGGUCAAUUGGUGAUUCAGAAUGGUGCAGUGGUGAAAACUAAUUCUGCUAAAACGCCCCCUUGGCAAGUUAAGAGAAGCGAGUCGAACGCUUCAUUAACGAGUCCUAGUCCUAAGCCGCAAAAAAUAGAAAAUAUUGAAUACGAAGAGCACAAUACAAACAUCAUGGAGGACUCGAACGCAUUUAAUUCUUUCCCAGGCCAAGACAAUAUGACUCAAGCGAUGUGUUCUCGAGUGCCACCUUUACCGCAACAUUAUAAUAUGAUGAGCCAACAAUGGCCAGGCGGUGAACUUAACAAGAAAAAAGCUAAAGGCAACAAGGCCUCUAAAAAGAAGUCGAGCCCGGGGGAAAAUAAAACCACAACAUUUGGCAGUAAUGGAAUGCGAUACGCCCAGGAAGUGAAGGGGAAAUCUUGUGAUAAUAUGUCAACAAACAACGUUCCAUCUUUCAUGGAUGAUCCAAACGGAUAUUUGGCGCAGCAAACUGUUUUACUGAACAACACCAUUUCAAAACAAGUUGGAAUAAGUUCCACGUAUGAGAGUAACCAGUACGAAACUUCAAACAAUUCUUACAGCUCUCAUAAUCAUAACGAAAAACAUGUUAAAGCAAUGACCAAAGCAUCGGAAGGGAUGAACAUUUUCAAAAAUAAUAUGGUGGCAAAUUCUUCCCCCUCGCCAAACAAUACUCCCGACAGCAGCUUAGUUCCAGAUAAGGCCGCAGACAAUACUAAACUACCGUGCUGUAAAGGCUGCAAUAUAAGUUACAAAGGAAAUUGUUCAGAGUACACCGAGAAUCAUAUCCGAACAAAGUAUUUAAAGCACCAUCUAUGCACGAUGGAAUUGGAUAGAACACUGAGUACGUCUAGCCCCAGGCACGGUUUUGAUGACAGCCCGGUGACGUCAUCGACCUUCAUCGAGCGUAAUUUACUCAAUACCGAGAUUAGUGGUCCGAUACAAGCCGGGAUCGUCAGUACCAGUAAUGUCUCGCCUACUGAGACGUUGCAGCCUCCGGAACCGUCGCCAACGCUGUCAAACAGCUCGAGGAGCACGGAUACACCGCACAGUAGCGGAAGUAAUUCCCAGAUGCAAAGCAAUUGUACAUUCCCCGUAACAAGCCCGGCUUACCCCGGUUCUGGAAGGGACAACGCUAGCAGCAGUCCUUCGACGCCAGGCAGCCACCACGCCUACUUGUACAACUCACCCGGACCACCUAAUAGCCACUCGAUGUUGGGAACGCAGAUGAUGCAUUUCAUAUCUAACCAUAACGUGAAUAAAAAUCUCAUGGAAGUAGACAACAUAUCAAUGGUAGGUGUGAAGCCGGCGUUGAGGAACGCGCAGGAAAUGUACAGAUUGGAUGCUAGAAAGCGCUUAGAGAACACGAUGCCUGGUUACUGUCCCCCGCCACAUUUAGGCGGAGGGCCAGCGCAUUCCCUGAUACAGGCGUGUUAUGUUCAGUCAUUCGUUACUACAAUGGCGAGUGGCUUUUCGGUAACUCGAGACACAGUCACAUCGGUAUUAGCGGGUAAAGCCAAUACAGCAACAACUUCUAUAAACACGUCACAGGCUAACUUCGUAAGGCCUCCGCCACCGCCUAGCGUCAAUUUGGCCACGAGUUACGCAAUACCAACCAACCAGCCAGAUCCAUUCAUUAAUUCCGUCAACUUACCAACUAGCUAUCCCCUACACAUCGCCGGUACGACUGCGCAAAAUAUGAUCUCAAAAUCGCCUUUAGAGAUGGUACAAAACGUGAUCAGUAGUCUUCCAUCGAAGUCGGAAAUAAAUAACGUGCAGGCCACAACACUGACGCAGAUUGGAAAGCGCACUGGUCCAAACACACCAGGCCAGAUUCUGAUAUCGUCAACUGGCCAAAUUAUGGUUUCGAACAAUCACAUGCCACCGCCUCCGCCAAAAACUACCACAGCUGUUUCUCCAAUGCAAGUGUCAAAUGCAGUUACAAAUGUGACGACAUCUGUCACCCAAGUUAUACCAGCCGUCGGAAAUGUUCAGCCUAUUGUUAAUCAACCCACUGUGGUCGUUAAUACAUUGCCCACGCCAUUCAUGCUCCAGCCGCCAAUAAUGGCUGUAGAUGGACAGGUAAUGCAACAAAAUGCGGUGCUGCCUCAAAUAGUAGCCGGGGGAAUCGUACCGGGACCCCCAGCAAACGAAAGUGCUCGUCAAAUAGACGUUAAAAAUGGACAAAAUUUCGUCCAAGGCGUCGCUAUGCUGUCACCGGAAACUAUCAAGAAGAGGAGCAAAAAGAAGAAGGCGCAGACACCUAACGUAACGAACGUACUUCAAAUAACUGCGCCCCAGCCAAACCCCAAUAACAUUAUAAUGCACCAUUCGUCGCCGCAGCACAAUACAAGUCCACAGUUCUCGCCUAGGGGCUUCCAGUUGUCACCGACCAAUAACAUUUCGCCUACUCCGAUGUUGCAAGCGCUGACUAUCGUGCCCGGAAAGACGGGAACACCGGCCCACAUUGUGAUGAACGGACAGGGCAACACUAACAAUUUUGGCUCCCAGCCGCUAAUUGCGAACACGUCACCGUCGCAGCAAAUCAAUCUGCUGCAGCCGGUGAACUUAAUCAACAACACGACGAGCGUCAUGUCCAACUUCCCCGCUUUCCAACAGUUCAUAGUGCCAAAUCUUGGUGGUAUGGUCAUGACAGCCGAUGGGACAGCCAUCAUUCAAGACAACGCAACAGGGAUGCCAAUGCAACUGCAGCUGCAAACCGUCAAUGGGCAAAACGUCUUGACGCCGGUUCAGAAUACUGGCGUGUUCGCGGCUGGAGCCAACAGCGGCGUCGUUAUCCGAGCGCAGAACCAGCAGGGAAAAAUUAUCCAAUCGCAGCACAGCCCUGGCGCACAAUUCCUCUCCCCGAACAGCCAAGUCAUGAUGAAUAGCCCCAGCUUCAAUGGGCAACUCAGUCCUCUCCUCGCGAACCUGAGCCCGACGAGCGUAACCUUCAACACGAGCCCGCACCAAGUACGCGCGGGGAACGUGCAAACGCAAGAAUUCAUACAGACCAAUCAGAUGGGGCAGACUUUGAUGGUGCCGCUGUCCCCUAAACAGGUAUCACUCGCUUCGGCGACGAGCAACAGAAGCAACUCCAGUACAUUCGUCCAGCAAAACACGACAAUAGUUCAGCAGCAGACGACGCUGGUGUCUAACUCGCACAACGCCCAGGUGUCCCUGCAGACGAACCAGCACGGCGGCAGCGCGUCGCGCCUGAGCAUCGACCCCAACGUGCUAUUGGCGCACAAGCAAAUCACGAACAAGGGGCGUGGUUUCCAAACAACCGAGAACGGCCAGCUCGAGGAGAUGAAAGGGGACAAGCGAUCGUUCGAGGGCGAGGGGUACGCGCGGUCGGUGAACGACUACAGCCCCCUGGUGGGGGGGGCGGUGAACGCGCACGUGCGCCACUCGGUGUCGACGCAGACGCUGGUGAACCAGCAACGGGGCAGGUCGCCCAACGGGCAAGCGGUGUCGGGCAGCAGCCCACCGGACACCACCACGCACAGCCCUUUGGGGGCGCUCGAGACGGCAUCCAGCCCGCGUGUGUACGGCGCCCGGUGCGUGUCCACGCAGGGCAACUACGCGGACACCACCACCGAGUCGCCGGAGCCGGCGGACGUGAACUCGUCGGCAAUGGUUCAGUGCGUGUCGAGCAGCGAGCAAGAUAUGGCCGAGUCUAGAGAGCGUACCUGGCCGACGCCGCGGAAUGAAAUCAAUUCGGACAACGAAACGCAGACAAUGGCGGCCAGCGUGCCCUUGAUGCGUCCAAACCGGGCCCCGGUGGAAACCACCGAUGUGCACUAUGGGCAGAGCCUCGGCGCGUCAACGAUCGGCGGCCAUACAAUGCCGAUGGCGACCAACUACUACGAGAGGCCGCACGGCUACAAGCGGAAGGGCGAUUUCGGUGGCACGUCCUACCGUGCGGACAAAAUUAUGAGGUCCAACUACAAUGUUCACGGAAUGCCAAGCGAGUACGACAAGUCGCUAAGGCAUUAUCCCAAGUCGGGAAACAGCUCGGACGCAUCGAUGCAGAAGGCGUACGACAGGCAUCGUAUGGGUUCCGGCGACGAUUCGAAGAGCGGGGCGGAGUCGGACGUGGGGGGCGGCGGUGUAGCCAAUGAGAGGUCGGCGCGCCGUUUCGAAGUGGGCGAUCUGAUCUGGGGCCCGGUGAAGGGGCACGCCUCGUGGCCCGGCAAGCUGGUGGCGCGCGCCGAGGGCGGCGGCUGGCGGGUGCGCUGGUUCGGCGCGGACAGGGCGGCCGGCUGCGUGGACGGCGCGCGGCUGCUCACGCUCAGCGAGGGCCUCGAGGCGCACCACGCGGCGCGCACCAAGCACAGGAAGAGUAGAAAAUUGAAUUCACUGCUCGAGAAUGCGAUACAAGAGGCGAUGGCCGAGCUCGACAAGAAGUGCGAUAGGAGGGGAGAAAUGAGGAGCGGUGAGGAUUCAAACAUCGGCCCCUCGUUGAUGGAAACACCGAAGCGAACGAAGAAACACGACAAGCUAAGGAACAGACACAGGAAGGCCCCCGCAAAAGUCGACAGCACGCGGUUGCGAAGUUCGCGA